CCGGUUCUAGGAUAUUCUACGGCUGGUCAGAUGUUGCACCCUGUCAGUACGAUUACAUCAGCUAGGAAGCGCAUACGGAAUUUUCGUUCCGUCGGUCAGUGUUAUGUAUCGGAUCAGUCGUUGUUCGGCAGCCGGUGGUUCGAGAAGUUGGACACGCGACAGAUAGGAGCGGUGCUGUUUUAGAGCAAGUGACAAUAGUAAAUUCAUCUUAUAUUUUAUGGCUGAUUAUGAGCGUAUUGAAAAGUGUUAUCAUCACGUUGCCUAAAGGCCUGUCGUCAAAGACGCCUGGCGUUAUAUCGGCGACCGAGUUGUCGAAAUCCGUGCCGAAAUUGAAUUUCUGCGCCUCUGUACUAACCGACAAAGCGAGAAUGGAUCCGAAAAAACUUACCAAGUAUGAGGAAAUGCAAGACGACGGUACAUCGUUCAAAACAGAUGUAUGCGUCCGUGGAAAGAAACGGCGAUUGGACCACUUGACGUGGGAGGAAAAAUUACAGAGGAAGAAAUUAAAAAAUAGGGUAGCAGCUCAAACUUCUCGGGACCGUAAAAAGGCGAAACUCGACGAAUUGGAAGAAACUGUUCGAACAUUGAGAGAACAAAAUGAAUUGUUGACACAGGAAUGCUCGAUAUUAAGAUCGCAGAAUGAAAUACUGGUCACAGAAAACAAAAGGUUAAGGAAGGAAAGAGAGAGCAAGAACGUGGGAGAAUUUGCCUGUUCCAUGUGCCAGAGUCGUGUCGGCUGUGCUGUGUCCUCACUGGGAUCUACAGUGUCCCCCACUCACCCUCUGCAGCAGGGUGGAACAACACAGCUGGCACCGUCCCUGACACUAACCCCAGGAGCAACAAUUCUCCUGAAGAUACUGACCAUCUACCUCCUCUUGAAGAAUUGUUUGGUGACCUCCAAGGUGACGAUUACAUCGAACGACUUGAAGAACUUGCAGAGAGCCUGCUACGGGAGGUUACAGCAGAAGUGGAAGCAAAUUCUCAUAGAACAAAUGAACAAGUGUCAGCCAAGGAAAAUACCACUGAGAAAUGUCACUAUCCAAAAAGAGUGGUGGGGCAGACACCAAAAGAUGUGGAAACCAAUGGAACCUGUAGAAGCAUGAGUAUACAUCAACCGUGGCAUCCUGUUUCAAGCACAGUCAGUACGUCUUAUACCACAAGCACAAACGCACCUGUGUCAAUAAAAUCGGAGGUCGAAGUAAAA